AUGACAGAGGUUCUCCACUCGCCCUCUUCCUCUUCCUCCUCCUCUUUACAAGCCCACGACGCCACAUUGUUCCGUUCUGUAAAUCAAGAACCAGAAGAGUCGGGAGAAGGGGUUUCUAGGGUUACAGGUUGUGAGGAAGAAGAAGAAGAAGAAGAUGAUGAUGAUGAUGAUGAUGAUGAUGAUGUGAAGGAUAGGAGAGAUAGGGAUAAUCAACAGUUGUCUUUGUUAGCACUCUUGUUGACUCUUUUCAGGAAAUCUUUCUGGGUCUCUUCUUCUUCUACCAAGAACACAGUGGCAGAAGAAAGGCUGGAUCUUCCUGGUAUGGAGAUUGGGUGGCCAACAGAUGUCCGCCACGUCGCACAUGUUACUUUUGACAGGUUUAAUGGCUUCCUGGGUCUGCCUGUUGAAUUUGAACCUGAAGUCCCCAGAAGAGCCCCUAGUGCAAGUGCUACUGUGUUUGGUGUUUCGACAGCAUCAAUGCAAUUAUCAUACGAUACGAGAGGAAACAGUAUCCCCACGAUACUCAUACUUAUGCAGCAACGGUUGUAUACUCAAGGCGGCUUGCAGGCUGAAGGUAUUUUCCGAAUCAACGCAGAAAACGGCCAAGAAGAGCAUCUGAGGAAUCAGUUAAAUAGUGGAAUCGUACCGGAGGGUAUCGAUGUACACUGCUUGGCUGGCCUUAUUAAGGCUUGGUUCAGGGAAUUGCCUACUGGGGUCUUGGAUCCUCUUUCACCUGAGGAGGUAAUGCAGUGUCAAUCGGAGGAAGACUGCUCCACCCUUGUCCGCCUGCUGCCACCCACGGAAACCGCCCUGCUCGAUUGGGCCAUCAACCUGAUGGCUGAUGUUGUCCAACAUGAACAUCUCAACAAGAUGAAUUCACACAAUAUCGCAAUGGUUUUCGCUCCAAAUAUGACACAGAUGGCGGAUCCAUUGACGGCAUUGAUGUAUGCCGUUCAAGUAAUGAACUUUCUGAAAACACUCAUCACGAAAACCCUUCGCGAAAGAGAGGAUCCCGUUAUAGAACCGUCUCCAGCUCCUCCACAAGAACCGUCAGACGAAAACGGCCGCCAAGGCCCGCCGUUGAACCCACAUCUGCAACAAAAGAAUGAUGAAGUUGAAGAGAAAGAACAUCAAUUCGUCGCUGAAGAUGAUCAUCUUGGGUACUUAACCCCCACCGAAGAAUCUGAUGGACCCGGGUUCUAUAAAUCGCCGGUUCAGUCUCCUCCCGUCGAGCCAAAGAGCCAGGUUGAUCAUAUCCAUGAACCGAAACCGGCUCAAUCGAGUAACCCAGAUAAAGUUCAAGCUUUAGUGCAGGGGAUGAGCAAUCUGAGCUGUAUAAACUCGCAAACGGAGAGGAUCGAAGCAUGGCGUUGAUUGAAGGAUGGGUUGAAUUCUUGUGAUUUGUUCUGUGUUUCUGCUGCAUAGAUUUCUUUUGUGAAUUUACGAAAUAACCAAGUAAUAACCAUUUUUCUGUUCGGUAUUAAUCUCUGUGAAUUCGCUUGUCAUUCAAGACGAUUCUGGUAAAUUUAUCGUGUUUUCGACUG